UGUCACUUGGCUGGAGGUAAGGCAGGGAUUUGUAGUUUUCCAGUCACCGUUCAAGAUUCUGAUGUUCGUCUUCCUCCCUUUAGGAAUUUGGAUGAUUUCUUGCGUGGCUCUGCCCGAUUUUCACUGCCGGAUCCUAGAGACCCAGCGCGAUGGAACAACCGCAUAAUCAACAACUUGCUUUAUUACCAGACAAACUAUUUGGCGGUUGUAAUGGCUGUGUUGCUGCUAGUAGGGUAUUUUCAACCACUGAAGACUUUACUUGGUGGAGCUGUGCUGACGCUGAUCUUUGUGGGAUUUGUGUGGGCAGCAGAGAAUAAACCUUUUGUCCGCAGAGUGCGUCGUAACUACCCAACCUCAUGUUUGUUGAUCAUCCUGACAGCCAGUUACUUCCUUUUAUCACUGCUGGGUGCCAUGGCAGUAUUCCUGUUCGGAAUUACAUUCCCAAUGCUCUUGAUCCUUAUUCAUGCUUCUUUGCGCCUGCGAAACCUGAAGAAUAAAAUUGAGAACAAGAUUGAGAGCAUUGGCAUGAAGAGGACCCCCAUGGGGCUGCUACUGGAGGCUCUGGGACAAGAACAGGAGGCUGGCUCGUAAUCAACGGCUGGUAGCAUCAGACCAGAGAAUGGAAUACUUCAUGUGUAAUGCUGCACGUACGCACACACGCACCUGUGGGUCAUCUUCCAAGUGCAGUCUGUUGCUCCACAUUUUCUUCCAAGAUGCAGCAGAUCUUUUCCAAGAAUCCAGCUCAAGCUUUGAUAUAUAAACAGGAGAACUUCAGAACUUUAGCUGUCAUGUUUUUCCCGCCAUAUUCUCACCAUUAAAUUAUCACCAUUAAAUUUCAAACCAUGACAUCUACUCUCACAUCCAUCACCAUUGCAUUCAGUAGUACAGUAUGUCCAUGACUUUCUGUGUUUUUAUAUUUAUGUAAAACUUCAGUUCACUUUCUAGAGAGCGAAAGACAGUGCUGCCUAGUGAUUUAUGUAAAACUUCAGUUCACUUUCUAGAGAGCGAAAGACAGUGCUGCCUAGUGACCAAUGCUUCCACUGCCUUUUUUUAUUUUUUUUUUAUUUUUUGCUUUAUUUUCCUUUUUUGGCAAAACUAGAAUUUUAAGACAUUUGUGUUUGCACCUAGAUGGCUUUUGUCCUUCAUCUUGGAUGCACUCACCUCAUUCGGCACAGUUAAAAUUUUUAGAAACCCUUGGAGCUUUCCACCUUAAGGGAAAGAAAACAUUUAUAGAUAAAGAGCUCUGGGCAUGUGCAAUAAAGGAGCACUCUGCUAUGUAAUAACA